AUGCUUCUACUGAAUAAUUCCCAGAAGCUUCUAACCCUAAACAAAUCCUUGGCCAGAAGCAUCCCUGAGUCCCUAAAGGUUAGGUCCCUUUCUCUCCUCCUUCAAGCGUAUGGCUCUGUAUAUUACAUCAGUCAUGGUAACCCCUUCAACAUGGAGGUGCUGGUGGACUCCUGGCCUGAGUAUCAGAUGGUUAUUAUCCGGCCUCAGAAAUAGGAGAUGACUGACGACAUGGACCCAUAUGUGAACACAUAUUGUGUAUUCUCCAAAGUUCCUCAAAAAUUACAGAAAGUCCUGGAAAAUAGUGAAGUCAUAAACUGGAGACAGAUAUUCCACAUCCAAGGUUGUCAAGAAAGUUUGGGUGAGGAGAUAACAGCAGUUACAUUUUCAAAGUCAGUGAGGAUAAACCACUUGAAGGCAGUCCUCUGUAUAAACGAAGAUAUCCUGAGGCUCAAUGUCUCGAAGAGCAAGGCUGGAAGCUGGUGUGAGGUGGAACACGGAGAUGAUGAAUUUGAGAGUGAUGAUCCUAAUUUUAAGAUUUCCCAACUGGAUAUCUCUCAUGCUGGGCUGAUAAAUGCCAGCUGGAGGCCAGGACGGAAUGAAAAGAGCCCACAUUUCAUCCAGCGCUGCCUACAGAAGCUGCCAGCGUACUGUAUGCUGGGCCCAGGAGGGGUCCCGGUUUCAUGGAUCAUCAUGGACUCCUCUUGUGAACUGAGAAUGGCCUACGCUGUGGAAAGAUACCGAAGCAAAGGCAAAGUGACACAGGUGUUGGAGCAUUAUGCGAAGUAUCUGGGUCAGAAGAAUAUUCCAUUUUCUCUCUCUGUGCUGGAAGAGAAUGAAAAAUCCAACAGAAUUGUGAUGCGGUUUGGUUUAUUUGCGGCUGCAUGUGGGUGGCACAGCUGGAUAUGCUACCCACAGAAAUUAGUUCCAUUUGUUCAAACAAUGAAGCUUAGCCCUCCUGGGCAAGCCCUCGCUUAA